AUGAGUGAGGAGGAAAGAGAAAGGAAGGAAAGCACGGAGCCAUCUCUAUGAGGUGGAUGAGUCCUCCAGCCGUGGACGGUGAUUCUUUUUCUCACUAUGGCCAUGUCUUCAGUACUGUCCCCCCAUGCUACACUUGGAGCAGGAGCUGAUGGAGGGGGGAGCACAUCAUCUCCAACAAAGAGGCUCUGAGAUGGCCGUAUGCGCCUGGAGGGAGAAACGCAUCAGGCUUUCGCUGGCAAGCAGCAGCCUGCAGUACAAGGCUGCUUAAGAGCUGGCCCUUGUUGGUGUGUGUGUGUGUGUGCGUGUGUGUGCGUGUGUGUGUGUGCACGGCUGUGCGCUCACAAAUCCUCCUCCUGGUGGAGAGGCUCCUCACCUCUCAUCACAACAAGGUUGGCAAUCUAGGACCUAAUAAUGUUCCGCAAAAAGAAGAAGAAGAGGCCAGAAAUUUCUGCACCAAAGAACUUUGAACACAGAGUCCAUACCUCUUACGACGCAAAGCUUGGGAUCUUUGUGGGCCUACCAACACAAUGGCAGAGUCUUAUAGAGAACCUGCGAAGACCCAAACCCAUGGUGGACCCCUCCAGAAUAACACCAGUGGAAUUAAAACCAAAGAAGACGAUUGUGCGUGGGACCUUCAUCGGCCAUGGAGACUACAUCUCAGCCAUGCUGUCGGAUAUGAGCCGCCUGUCGGUGACCAGCUCCAAUUCACUGCGCAAGAGCAGCCCUUCAACCCGCAAGAGAGCCCAAUCUUUGGGCCGCCUUGGUGAGGUGAUGGAGGGUGAUGGCUAUCAGUAUGAGGACCUGGAGCGCACUGAUCUUGACCCAGAAUCCCAGAACCACUGGAGAGAUCAGAUACGGAACAUCCACAGUGAGAGUGGGACCCCAUUUAUGGGUAUGAAGAAGAGCAUCACCCUGGAACCCAAUGGCAUCCUGCCUAGAGCUAAAUCUACUUACGAGGUUAACGUUAACUCACUUGAGGGGCAUCCUCCUCCUCCAGUCCUACCCAUGCCUCCACCACCACCAAUUCCUGUGCCACCCAGGCCAGUGUAUGUGGGUGGAGAUAUGGGUAGCCCUAAUGAAAGACUGAUGAUGAGAAGGGAGUUUCCCAUAGUGCUGUCUCACAACCCAAGGCCCAUCACCUGCUUUUAUAGUCCAACUAUACCCAUGCAGCAAGGACAAGGAGAGACUGGAGGGUUUAACACAGAUAUAAGAACUGCUGACAGACUGCUGGUUCAUCCACAAAACAGCCCUGGGAGACCGUACUCUUCUUAUGACCUGAAGUUACAGGCAGAUACUCUCCUGAGACCUCAGCCAGGCUUCUUCCACAGUGGAGCUAGCAGUCCCAUGGUGAGCACCACAAGGCCUCACAGGACCGUGCGCUCAUCCUCCAGCUACACAAUCGGCCUCUCUCCCAACAUCAGUUUCCGGCCCUCAGGCCCUGAUCCCUUCCUGAGGCACUCAGGGUGCCCCAAUCCAGGCCUCUACCCCAGACAGGACAGCCCAUCCCAGCCCCGGCCUUCACCCACUGGCUCUCUGGCCACCAGUCCAGCUGGAACUUGUUCUCCAGCCUUCAGACCACAGCAGCACCCAUCCCCACGACCUCCACCCGACCCACCCAAAGUCACUCAUGAGCAGUUCAAGGGAGCUCUACAGAUGGUGGUGGACAAAGGUGACCCACGCUCCUACCUGGAGAACUUUGUCAAGAUCGGCGAGGGCUCCACUGGGGUGGUGUGUAUUGCACGAGAAAAGCACAGUGGCCGCCUCGUGGCAGUAAAGAUGAUGGACCUGAGGAGGCAGCAGAGACGGGAGCUGCUGUUCAAUGAGGUAGUGAUUAUGCGGGACUACCAGCACAGGAAUGUGGUGGAGAUGUUUAAGAGUGCACUGGUGGAGGAAGAGCUCUGGGUUAUUAUGGAGUACCUCCAGGGAGGAGCUCUCACUAACAUAGUGUCUGAAACCAGGCUGAGUGAGGAGCAGAUUGCUACAGUGUGUGAGGCUGUCCUGCAGGCACUGGCUUAUCUCCAUUCGCAAGGCGUCAUUCAUCGUGACAUCAAAAGUGACUCCAUCCUGCUGUCCUUGGAUGGAAGGAUUAAACUGUCAGACUUUGGCUUUUGUGCUCAGAUCAGCAAAGAUAUUCCUAAAAGGAAAUCACUGGUAGGGACACCAUAUUGGAUGGCCCCUGAAGUUAUCUCAAAGUCACCAUAUGGCACUGAGGUGGAUGUGUGGUCUAUGGGCAUCAUGGUGGUGGAGAUGGUGGACGGAGAGCCUCCUUACUUCAGCGAAACCCCAGUGGUGGCCAUGAAGCGGCUGAGAGAUGAGCCACCGCCCACUAUACGUAACAUUCAGCAGGUGUCUCCAAUGCUAAAAGACUUCUUGGACCGCAUGCUGACCCGAGACCCGGUGGAACGUGCUAGCGCCACGGACCUCCUUGAGCACCCGUUCCUCCUGCAGAGCAGCUCUCCACAGUGCCUCGUGCCCCUCGUCGAGCAGUACCGCAAGCGCAUGUCUCGCUGCUGAGUCCCCUAUUCUUCCUGUCUCUCUCUCCUCUACACUACACGCCAUUGUAGGCUCUUGACUAGAGGCUCCCAGGGCUCCAAGUCUGGACGUCCCACAUAUGAACGUCCCAGGCGCAAAGAAGUGAGCUGAUACACAGUACAGCUUCAAUAGACUCACAAAAAAAAGAGCACUUAUUAUCCUCAUGCAAGCAGGGUGACCAUGGCUAAUGUAGAUGGAGUGUUAAUAAAUUGCACCAUAGGUCAAAGACAAAUUUUCUUUGUCCUGAGGACCUCACACUGGGGACAAAUGGUGCUUAAUUGGCAGCCUAAACACUAAGACUGUGUUCAUGUUUUUAACAUGUGUUCAACACAAAUGAGUUACUCACUUAUGUUUAAGCAAAGAAUGUUUCAUGUUAUCAUGAUGCUUGUUGGCCAGAUUAGGUCAGUAUUUUGCCAGUAUUCUUAGCACAGAGAGACUACUGCACCUUGUCCAGGAUUUGCAUGCCAGUGGCAUUUGUAGGCCAAAUUUAAGCUAGAAAUGACUUGAAACAGAGCUUAGAACAUUGGCGUUGACUGUCGUUCAGCUACUGUGGUGGCGACUGUUUUUAAUGAGCCAUUGGAACCAACUGUAUAUCCCACUGAUUUAGCUAUUUAUUGUUAUGUUGUUUAUUUGAUUUUUUUUUUCAGUGGACUAAACUAUCUGCUUUUCGGAAGAGGGUUCUGAAUCAUUUGAAAAUGUGUACACUGUAAAUAUCGCUCCUCAGCUCCACAGGUUGAUUUUUAAAAGAGCAACUGAAGAAGGAAUAAUGUGUACAUACAAUCAUGUUGAGUCAAUACUGUAUUUGCAUUCUGAUCAUUAUUACUGAGUGAAAAAGGUACAUAUGAAAUAAGUCAUCUGGUUUCGGUGUGUUUGUUUACAGUGCGUGUGUGUGUGUGUGUGAGUGAGAGUGUAUGUUUACACUUAGGAUGUGAUGUUCAUGUUGGCAUUUUCGCAUCCAACCUGUUGUACUGUGACUUAUUUUCUUAACGGUUUGUGAGUUUUCAGUGGGAGUGUGUGAAUGUAUGUGUGCUGCUAAGGAUUUUGGAAGAUUGUCGUUAUGUUUGUAGAAGAAAAGCACACUGGAUGGUACGUGCUGAAUGGUUUCUCACCAGCUGUGUACAUUCUGUACAUCAUCUCUAAAUUUCUUGAACAAUUCAGCUUAUUUCAUUGUGGUUUUAUUUAUAUGUCAGUUGUUCAUGACGAGAGAAAUUAAACCUAAUUUAAUUUUUUUUCUAAACAAAUAAAGGAUGCAUAUUGAA